AUGGUAUCACUUCCCCCAACGUUUGCGCUAUGUGGACGUAUCACAAAUACUGCAUUUUUUGCGCUACGUGGAAGUACUGCAAAAAAAUGGGUACGCAAGACGUUUUUUGCAGUAAAGUACCAGUACCAGCGCAAGACAUGCCCAUCUAUGUUUACGUUAAGAUUAAAGAACAAAAACAAAAUCAGGAAAUCCACUAAAAUAAACUAUUCAGUGUCUGCUGGAUUUUGUCCCAUGAACAGAGAUAACAAAAUAAAAGAGAAACAAAAAACGUCACCAGAAAAUUCUCACUUCAAGCUGAUUUCGGGUUAA